UCAUCUGCUUGCUUUAGAAGGUCCUGUCUUGAUCUCACCAUGGCCUGCGCUCUGUUUUUCCUUGCACUUCUCACUUACUGCUCAGGUGCCAGUUCACAGCCAACGGUGACUCAGCCUGCCUCCCUGUCCGCAUCUCUGGGCCAAACAGUCAAACUCUCUUGCACCAGAAGUGGCGGUGGUAGCUGGGAUAGCGACUACUCCUGGUAUCAACAGAAACCUGGACAAGCUCCUCGCUUUGUAUUCUAUGGCAGCAGCAGGAGAGGAGAAGGGAUCCCAGCUCGGUUCAGUGGUUCUGCCUCUGGGGACAACGCCUAUUUAACCAUCACUAACAUCCAGGCUGAUGACGAGGCUGAUUAUUACUGUUGCGACAGGGCAGCCACAGUGACCCAGGAUCUUCCCCCACCCACCGCUCUCAUGACCAAAUGUCAGUUACGCCUCAGGCACAUAAACUGCGCUAGAGAACUCACCAUGGCCUGGCCUCUGUUAUUCUUGACGCUUCUCAAUUACUGCUCAGGUGUCCAUUCCCAGGCAAAUGUGACUCAGCCUGCUUCCCAGUAUGUGUCCCUGGGCCAAACAGUGAAACUCUCCUUCAUGAAAAGCAGUGGUGGUACCUUGGGCAACUUUUACUGGUAUCAACAGAGACCUGGACAGGCCCCUUGCUACGUGCACUGUAAUGGCUGUAGCAGCAGAGGAGAAGGGAUCCCAGAUCGGUUCACUGGUUCUGCCUCUGGAGACAAUGGCUAUUUAACCAUCACCAACAUCCAGGCUGAAGAUGAGGCCGAUUAUUACUGUGCUCUACGGUAUAGCACUGGUAGCGUGUUUCAUGGUGUUAUUACUCAGGCUGAAGACGAGGCAGAUUAUUACUGCCUUGUCUAUCACCGCACCAGUAGCAUGUCUCACAGUGAUACAGUUGAAUGA